AUGGCGCAUGCCAUGGAUUUCUCGCCACAUAUAACUUCUCAUCCAUCAAAUAGUGAAGUUCAUUGUCGUUUACUUCUUGUCGAAGGAACAUGUGGAUCAACAACAACAAAUGGAAAUAUUCAAAUCACUGCUCACGAAAAUAAUUUUCCCACACAAACAUUUCCAGUGAACAAAGGACUAUUUAAAGCAUUAAUACAUUUAUCAUGUGGUGAAAAUCUCAUUCAAUUAAGUUUUUACAAUGGUCAUCAGAUUUCGGAAUCGUAUUGGACAGUCAAUUAUAUUCCAGUUUCACAAAAUCCUCCUCUUCAUCUAUGUAUACUUGUUGGAUGUGAUUCACCACUUACAUUCGAUGACGUUCCAGAUUCUAAAUAUCCAUCAAACUUAGAAACGGCUAUUAAAAAAUUACGUUUAGCAGGAUAUUUAUGGCAAGCCUAUACUGCUUCUCAAAUGUUUUCAAAUGGAUUUGGUCACCGAAUAUUUCGUCUUGACGAAUCAUAUCAAUGCGAUACACUUAGUGUUGUAGAUCAGUCAAUUAGAAAUACAGCAACAAUUCGUAUUUUAAAAAGUAAAUAUACAACUGCUCAAAUUCGAGAUCCAAAUCGAGCACAACAAAAUACAAAUGCAAAAGAAAAAAACAGUCUCUUUGAUAUUGCAUUAGAAGCUAUUCGACUUGAAUUUCCAGAAGAAAGAAAUUAUAUAGCAGUAUUAUUCUUGGAUUCACAUUAUGAAAAUAAUCUUAUUACAGGUCAUGCAGCAUUAGGAUUAGGAAGUAUUGAUGCACAAUAUUCCAUAGCAAUAUUUGGUUCUCAUACUCUUUUUUCUUGGCCAACAACUUUAGAAGAUGUUAUUCCAUGUUUUAUGGAUAACAGAGAUGUUAAUACAAAAUAUUGUGGUAUCGAUGGAGAAGGUAAUACAUAUUGGAUUGCAUGUAAUGUUGGUCUUGGUGCAAUGAUGCAUGAAAUAGGACAUUUAUUCGGUUGUCCACAUCAACGAAGUGGUGUUAUGAUGAGAGAUUAUAUUCGUUUGAAUCGGUCAUUUUCUUUAAUUGAACCAUCUGGUCCAUCAGCUCUUGAUGGAAACGAAUGUUCAUGGCAUCGACUUGAUAUGUUCCGAUUUCGAAUACAUCCAUGUUUUGCAGUGCCAACUGAUCAAUUGUUAUCAAAAAGUCAUAUACAAUGUGUUGGAAUUGAUCAAGGUAUUCUAUUGAAAUCAGAAUGUGGUAUUUUAGUUAUAGAGAUUUAUCUUGAAGAUGAUGAAUUUGCAAAAUCAUGGAUAGAAUAUGCUGAAAAAUCGCCUUGUGAAAUUAUUCUUUCGAAAAACGAAUUACGUAGUCGAGUUCAUAAAGAAGGGAAAAUGAAGAUUCAUAUCAUUGCUCUCGAUGGAAUGGAUAUUUUUAUUGAUGAUAUUGACGAUUUACUACAAGUUCAACAUAUUCCAGGAUUAGGCAAAGUUUGGAAAUCAGUUAAAUUAGGUCUACAAACUGGUUCACGAUCAACAAUUCUACUUCCCACUGAUUUAUUGAUCAAAGUACGAGUUCAUUCUGGUCUCGCCUUAGAUGGUCUAGAAUUCUUUAAUAAACAGAAGUCAUUUCUCUUUGGAAAAAGAGGUGGAUCACCGCAUGAUUUUCCUAUGGAAUGUGACGAAUUUCUUCUAGGUUUUGGUGUAAGAAGUGGUGCUUGGAUCGAUGCUCUGCAGAUUAUUACGAAUAAAAAACGUAGCGAAUGGUUUGGUAAUAUUAAUGGUGGAAAUGAACAUGAAUUGAUAGUUCCUAAUCAUAAUGAUUAUCAAGUUUGUGGAAUUUAUGGUGAAAUAGAUAAUUGGGUCAUGCAAAUAGGAAUACAUUAUUCGAUUCGAAAAUAA